AGUCUGCGCGCCACGUGAUGAAUAGAUUAAUGAGCAGUUGCGCUCCAUUACUAUCACCAACACCCUCUGAGUAACGGCUCCCUUCGACCGUCAGCUAAAGGCCAGCUAAGCUGGCUCGUUACUGCCACAGAGCUACUCGAGUACAAGAAAUAUGAGCCGUUUGUUGAUCAGACCAUUGUAUACGACGGUAGUUUCGGUGGGCUACAUUCUCAUUCUGCUGGCCGCAUGUCGCUGCGAGGAUGAGUGGACUUAUGGAGAGGGGGUUGCCCAAUGGCCGAAUCUUGAUUUGGACGUGGAGAACCAGUGCGGCGGAUACUAUCAAUCACCCAUUAACAUAGUAACUAGAAGGACAAUCUACGACACGUACCUCGACAUCAAUUAUUAUGGGUACCUCGAUCCAUCGCGAAAUGUGUCCAUUGUCCACGAUGGGAACACGGUGAAAGUAUCUUCUAGCAAAGGCAACGAUGUUGUGAAUGCCGGUGUGGACCUGAACGGAUGGUACAAGUUUGAGCAACUACACUUCCACUGGGGAAGUAAUUCCAGCCUGGGCUCCGAACACCGCAUCGAUGGCUACACUUUUCCUCUAGAGAUGCACCUGGUACACAUGAACACGAAGUACAGCACGGGUGAAGAGGCCCUCAAGCAUCGUGAUGGUCUCGCGGUGGUUGCGGUGUUCUUCCAGGUCAGCCCGCGCGACAACCCGGCGCUAAGCGCCAUCGUGGAAGCUCUACGGCAGAUGAGCAACGGAAGUACCACGCGAGUGAACCUGGCCUCCAUUCCGCCGCUGCGACAACUGAUGCCCCGGGAUCUGCAGCUUUACUACCGCUACCAGGGCUCGCUCACGACACCGCCGUGCUCCGAGGUGGUCACCUGGACUGUGCUGGCGCAACCGAGCGCAAUCAGCGAAGCACAGCUGCAAGCCUUCCGCAACCUAGUUGUGGACCAUGCGACGUGGUUGUGGCCCGAGUACCAGUGCAUCGCCAACAACUCGUGCGGCGGCAAGCAGCAGUCGCCGGUGAACAUCGAAACGUUCGGCGUACUGCACGACAUCGCCCUGAAGGCGCUCGAGUUCGAGGGUCACGACGUGCCGUUCGAAAACUUCACGGUGACCAACGACGGCCUUUCUCUGAUCCUGAAGGCAUCGCCACUGGACACAACGAGCAGGACGGUGCAGGGCGGUCGGCUGCCAGGCACGUUCGUGUUCCAGCACGCGCUCUUCCACUGGGGAUCCGGCUCGGGCCAGGGCUCCGAACACCAUAUCGACGGUGUCGCCUACCCCAUGGAGGUGCAAAUGGUUUAUACGAACGAGAAAUACAGCGCCGAAGUUGCAGCAACGGAAAAGGACGGAGUUGCCAUUAUUGCAACGUUGUACAGGGCUACGUUCGUGGACUUCGACUCGGUGAAGGCGAUGCGUGCCGUCGUGGCUGCGGUGAACUCCAGCGCACCGAGGAAACGUCAUCGACGCCGUCUUCUUCCUUGGAUGGCGCGUCGCCUGCGCGUCGGCCGACACGGCGCGUCCGGAGAGUCGGACGACAACCCUCCACGGCUCACGCUGGACAGCCUGUUGCCGUCCGUGGGCCGAAGCGAGUACUUCACGUACCGCGGCUCGCUCACCACGCCCCCGUGCACCGAAUCCGUGCGCUGGACAGUCUUCAACAGGCAGGCGUUCAUCUCCGAGACGGUGCUUCAAAAGUUCCGCAGCCUCAAGGAUUACACGGGCGCCAAGCCUCUUGUGGACAACUUCAGGCCGCCGCAGAAGCUCAACGGUCGCAAGAUAAUAUCAUCCUUCGCACCCUUCUGACGUUACCCGAUGAAAUCAG